AUGACACCCAAGUUUAUUCUCACCCUGAAAUGCCUGUACAAGGCUGAACUGAAAAACAAACAUGCCAAGGAGCAAUUGUGUCAUGAGAUUGAAAUUCAGAAGGAACUGCGACAUCCAAACGUCUUACCCCUCUAUGGAUUUUUCCAUGAUGAAAACCGGGUUUUGUUGAUGUCGGAACUCGCACCAAAGGGGGGUAUCUUCAAGUGCCUUACAGAACUUGGACAUUUCUCAGAAGAGCAGGGAAGUCAAUACAUUUCUCAGGUGGUGGAUGCAUUGCAAUAUCUACAUAGCAAGCAUGUCAUCCACCAUGGUAUCAAGCCUGAAAAUCUUCUCCUUGGUCUUGAUGGAGAGGUGAAGAUAGGCGAUUUUGGAUGUAGUGUCCAAGCAAACAGUAAUUGCCGGAUGACAUUCUGUGGCACUCUCGAUUACAUUGCCCCUGAAAUGGUUGCAGGGGAACCCUGCAUGGAGAAAGUGGAUCACUGGGCACUGGGUGUCCUUGUUUAUGAGUUUCUUGUUGGCAAUGUACCCUUCAAAGCAAACAGUCCCAUAGCAACAUACCAACAGAUCCUGUUGAUGGACUUGGAACUUCCCAGUCACAUUUCCCCAGAAGCUUGUGACUUCAUUGAACUUCUGCUGUGCAGAGAGCCUGAGAGGAGGCCUCUUCUUAGCGAUGCAGCAAGUCACCCUUGGAUAAUGGGCGAUCGUUUUUCACCAGAACUUAAAUGUGAUCUCCUUCACCUUGGACCCCUGUAA